ACUGCCGACUCUCUGUUAUUAGUAGCAAAUACUCGGCACUCGCUAGGGUUUCAAUUUCAGAAGUCCCCCGUCCACUAAAACUCUUUCUCAACCCUAAGCCCCAACGAAUUUCGCAGCCAUGGCGAGCGCUAAAGUCCAGAGGAUUAUGACCCAACCCAUUAACUUGAUUUUCAGGUUCCUUCAAAGUAAAGCUCGCAUCCAGAUUUGGCUCUUUGAGCAGAAGGACCUCAGGAUUGAAGGCCGAAUUAUUGGUUUUGAUGAGUACAUGAAUUUGGUUCUGGAUGAAGCUGAAGAAGUCAGCAUCAAGAAAAAGACCAGAAAGUCAUUAGGAAGGAUUCUUCUCAAAGGAGAUAACAUUACUCUGAUGAUGAGCACGGGGAAAUGAUGGCCAACGCUGCAAGGGCUUAAAAUGAAGGUUACAGUGCUUUUUGAAUGCGAUGGGGGCCGAGCGAUUUUAGAUUUACUGCUGUUGUAAGACGUGUAUUUGGAUCAGUAGUGGUAUGUAUUAGUAUUUGCAAGUGGUAUCAUUAAACCUUGCGUAUUGAUUGCUGACCUCUAUUUUUACCAUGCCGAAUUGUUUAUGCUUAGAGCUUACAUUUGAUUGCA